GUGAUACCGCUAUGUUUGACUCGUGCAUGGGCAAGUUCUCGCAGUGGGGCGACGAUAGUCGCAAGCAGAUCGCCGAAAAGGUGAAACAAUCGACGGCGACGUGGAAGAUCGUCAACAGCCACUACAGUCCGUUCAACCACUACACGGAGCAGAACAUGAACAAGUGGUUCGAUGUCCUGCGCGGCUCUGGUGUCCACGUGUGGCUGAACGGCCACACUCACGGCGAGAAGCACGACUACUCUCAGUCGUUGGGCAUCCACUUCAUUGAAAACGGUGCUGGCGGUGGUAUCCAGAAGGAGUCGGCUAGUGGAAUUCCGGCGUACGCGGCUCCGUUCGUCCAGAACAAGUGGGCGUAUGGCAGCGAUGAGUACGGCUUCAUGUCGCUUCAAGCGUCGAAGGACUGGAUCAAGCUGCAGUACCACACGGCGGACAAGUCGUGGCAGUAUGGAGAGACCUUCAACAGCACGACGGUCGGUGGCGUGGAAACCAAGCACUGCUGGUACAUUCCGUCUGACGGCACGGAAGGCAAGGGUUGCUAAUUGCGUGGCUUUGCUUCGUCGGUAUGACAACGAUAAACCUGUAGAAUGAGGAGGUUUUAGAUGUAUGGUAACCACAAAUAACCCUCA